CAGUGAUCAGCGACGAUGUCGUCCCGGCUGCGCGGCUCCUCGACGAUGAAGGAGGCCACCGAGGUGCCCCCUUACGCGAGGGAUCACUUCAGAGAGGACAACGGCGUGGCCCAGCCGUUGAAGUCGCAGUACAAGAACGGGACCAGCCGUUAUCACUUCGGCAUGACGAGGCAGCAGAACGAGGAGGCGAGUAAGAACGGCCGAGACCAUAAGGAGAGGCCGCCCGAUGACGCGGACUUGCUCUACAAAAAGAGCAGGGACCACUUCGGCGCCUGGGACAUCAAGGACAUCGUCGUUCAGGACGAGAGGCUCGGCUCGAAAAAGCAGCCGGACCGAUUCGACGACGCCCGGCUGACGAACGGCAGGCCCAGGAACGAUCUGGCGAGGCACGAUCGCCACGAGGAUCACGGCAGAAGCGACUCCGUCGAUCGCGAACAGACGCACAGAUCGAGGAAGAAAGGUGAGAACUGGGAAUGCGACGCGAGGGUGUUCUCGAAGCCGCAUCGGUCGAGGAUCAACGAGGGCAGGAACGACUCCCAGCCGAUCGACGAGAGGGAUCUGCUUCUUAGGGAGAUCGAGAACCUGGCCGUCGACGGGAGAUCGCCCGAUCGAAGGAUCCGCGCGAUGAUCGAGCGGUUCAAGUCCCGCGAGGAGGAGAAGAUGAAAUCGAAGAAGGAUCGGGACUCUCUCAGUCCGGAGAAAGACGAGUAUAGAUCGAAGAGCGCGAGUCGAGGCGAUGCGCGGACCGAUCGCGAGGAUUGCGUGAACGACAGAGAGUUCGGGGUUCAGAAGGAGGACAGACGGGACGAUCGAAGAACGACCAGAUCCAAGAUCCGCGAGCCGGACAGAAUCGAGCACGAGGAGAACACUAGGAGCCGCUCCGUGGACCGGAAGCACGACAAACUGAACGAACCAAUCUGCGAGAAGAAUGAAGAGUUGAGGAGGAACGCGUACGUUUCCGAUAAAAGUCGCAGACGGUCCAGAGAACUGGAGGACGAUCCUCCUCGGCGGAAGGACAGCCCGAAGAGAAGGAGCUACGCUUACGAGGGGAACCCCGAGGACUUCGACGUGCGGAUACAGAGGUACGAGAGAGCGCUCCUCGAGCCUAGGAGGGACCUAGACUCGCCCAGACGCGUUCCGCUGAAGGACGCAGCCGCGGAUCUAGGUAGGAAGGAGUCGUUCAAAGAUCACGAUCGCCAAGUGGCGAGGAAAAGCUCGUUCAAGACCGGCGACGCGAAGAAGAGCCGGGAAUCCAGCCUGAGCAGGAGAGCCUCGCUGAAGAACCAAGAGAACGACCUGCACAGAAAGAAUUCGUUCAAGAGUCAGGACGCCGAGAAGAAUUGCUUUCGAAAGGACGCAGCGGAACACGUGUCCAGGAGAGGCUCCUUCAAAGAGCAGGGGCACGACGGUGGGAGAAAGAAUUCCUUCAAGGAGAGCUCGGAUUACGGGAGAAUUUCGUCGAGGAACUGCGACGAGGAGGAAGAGAGAAAGAACUCGUCGAAAGGACAUUCCGGCGGAGUCAGUAGAAUAACGUUCAAGGAGCAAGACGCGGACGCGGCCAGGAUCCACUCGUACAAAGAGCAGGAUGCGGAAGCGGGCAGGGUCAGCUUUAAGCACCGCUCGAACGACGUGGGACGAAAGAACUCGUUCAAGGAGAAGACCGUGGAAUUCGCCGGGAUCACUUACAAGGACCUCGAGGACAACGACGAGGAAGCCGACCGGAGAAUCGGGUACAAGACCGAGGACCACGAGCCUGGAAAAGUGUCCUUCCGAAGUCUCGACGAAUCGAGGCGAAGGUCCUCCCCGAACGGGCGAUACGUCGAGUUCGGGCCGGCCUCCUAUCAGUCUCAGGAAGCGGAGCCGCCGAACGAUCGGGACGCCGAUUCCGAGAGGAAGCAUCCUCUUAAGGAUCACGAGUCCUCGGGAAGGAGGCGGGCGUCCCUGAGGAGCAAGAGCCACGACUCGUUCGACAGGAAGUCCGACAGACACUCCAGGCCUCUGAGCCCUCCGAAGAGGAACGAUCCGGAGUAUCGCGAGGAUCCCAAGGAUCACGAGGAUUUCGACGCGAACUCCUGGCACGAGUCCAAUAGAAUGUUCGCCGCGAAGUAUCUGCGGGAGCACAGCAGAUACCGCUCGAAUCCCGAGGGCCAUUCCGAGAUCGAACGGGAUCCCUCGCCGGAAGUCGGAUUGCUGGAGAUCCGGGAGAAGAGUAGUCGAUCGAACGAUCGGUUCGGCAACGAAGUCGAGGCUGCCAAACGGGAGCAGAGGAAGGAUUAUCCGAACGCGAUCGCGUACAAUCACGGGGACGCGGAUCAGCCUCAGGAUUCGGACAGCAGAUACGCGUCCACUCGCGAGAGGAACGGCGCGACGAUCAUCAGGAUCCGGUCGAGCCCGGAGACACCGGUCGAGAGAAGACGUCGGCGUCGUCCCGCGCAGGAUCUUCACGUGGGCAGGCGGAGGCGUUACGACGCCGGGGACGAAGAGGACAGCGAGGACGAGGACGAGGACGAGGACGACGACGAGGAUCGCCGGCGACAAAGACCGCCGAGGGACUGUUUCGCGUCGCCUAGAAGCUUGUCCACGCCGUCCAGACGAAUUUGGAACUAUCGCGAAGGGGGUGUCCUGAUCACGGACCGCGAGGAGGGCCAGCCGUGCUUGCAGUGCAGGGAGACUUGUUCAGGAUUCUCGCCGCACACGUGGAGGAAGAACUGCACGAGCUGCAAGUGUCCACGGGAGGCUCACGACGUGCGCCACGAAGAAUGGGUGUCGGUCAGGUCGCGUUUGGGCCUGAAAGGCGAGGAAUCGGGCUCAUCGGUCGGCUUCGAUCUGCGAUCGAAAGGUCUCGCCUGGGCACCGCCCGGCCUGCCAGCUCACAAGGUGGAUGAGUACUUUUCCAUGCUGCCGGAGAUCUCCGUGCCCAGGAUAGACACGCCCGGCGAACGAUACAGGGACCGACAAUUGGCGAUCCAGCUGCCUAAGCAGGACUUAGCCAGAGCCUAUUGCCGACACUUGAACCCGAUACACGCCAGCAGCGCUGACGACUUUAUGGCGGCGCGGAACGAGAUCGCGCUUGACAUAGGAAACGUGCAAGAAGUGCUCGAAAGGGAUCUCCAUUGCGGUGCCUGCCUAGCGCCACUCAAAUACGGCAGUCUCGCGGUGUCCACGAGCAAACUGGGCCUUCUUUAUCAUCCAAACUGCUUCCGGUGCACGGAGUGCAAGGAGCUGUUGGUCGACCUCGCGUACUGCGUCCACGACGACACCUUGUACUGCGAGAGGCAUUACGCGGAACAAUUGAAGCCUAGGUGCGCCGGCUGCGAUGAGUUGAUUUUCAGUGGCGAGUACACGAAGGCGAUGAACAAGGACUGGCACAGCGGCCACUUCUGCUGCUGGCAGUGCGACGAGUCUCUGACCGGGCAGCGCUACGUGCUCAGGGACGAGCAUCCCUACUGCAUCAAGUGCUACGAGAGCGUUUUCGCGAAUGGCUGCGAGGAGUGCAACAAAAUCAUCGGUAUCGACUCCAAGGAUUUGUCGUACAAGGACAAGCACUGGCACGAGGCCUGCUUCCUCUGCAACAGGUGCAGAGUGUCCUUGGUGGACAAACAGUUCGGUAGCAAGGUGGACAAGAUCUACUGCGGCAACUGCUACGACGCCCAGUUCGCCAGCCGCUGCGAUGGAUGCGGAGAGAUCUUCCGUGCUGGUACUAAGAAGAUGGAGUACAAGACCAGACAGUGGCACGAGAAGUGCUUCUGCUGCGUGGUGUGCAAGAAUCCGAUCGGAACGAAGAGCUUCAUCCCUCGCGAGCAGGAGAUCUACUGCGCUGGAUGCUACGAGGAUAAGUUUGCCACGCGGUGUGUCAAGUGUAACAAGAUCAUCACUAGCGGCGGCGUGACGUACAAGAACGAGCCGUGGCACAGAGACUGCUUCACCUGCAGCAACUGCAACAAUUCCCUGGCUGGCCAGCGAUUCACCUCUCGCGACGACAAGCCGUACUGCGCCGACUGCUUCGGCGAGCUGUUCGCCAAGAGAUGCACCGCCUGCUCGAAACCGAUUACUGGCAUCGGUGGCACUCGUUUCAUCUCCUUCGAGGACAGGCAUUGGCACAACGACUGCUUCAUCUGCGCGGGCUGCAAAACCUCGCUGGUCGGACGUGGUUUCAUCACCGACAACGAGGACAUCAUCUGUCCCGAGUGCGCCAAGAUGAAGCUGAUGUAAGGGGAAGAGAAGCGGGAGCUACAAGAACGACCGAGAAGGGCAGACAGAGCGAGGACCGAUCGAGAUCUGUCUGGUCCUCGCGUGAAACGCGAACCGAAUCAGCAACCCUCGCCCCACGAUCAUCCCCCGGCUACCCUGGACCGAGAACCACGCUCCUGUCUCUGCAACGAGACGAAGAAACCACGAUCGAAUACGAACCUCGAAGUCCCUUCGUUUGAAUUGUUCAGCGUUCUCGAGGCCGGGGAGCAACGACGAUGGAAAUUACCGUGUUUCCCACCCUCUAACCCUCGAUUAUGUUUUCAAGAAGUAUAUACGUGUUAUAUAUAUGUCAUAUAUAUAUAAUACAGGCGUCUCUGUAAAAGCCACAGCCGGGAAACGCGGUAGUUUCCAUCGAAACCGAACCCUCUAGGACGAUCCACCCGUGUCGAUUCGUCCCGCCGAGUUCUCGCGCUGGUUCCCUCUGAGUCGAGUCGGAGAACGGGCACGGGAGCAACCUCCUAGCUUUCUUGAUAGCUCUAGAGAGACCGUAGUCGUUCGCGGCCCUCGUUUUCUCUCGAUCGACGAACGAUCAACGCGACGCGAAGCGGAGAAACGGGGACCGCGGCUGGAAAGAUUAUCCGAGAAUCAAACCGUCUUUAAUAAGUAAAUAUCACUGUCGUCGAGUUGUUGCGCUGUGUUUAAUUAGAGGAAGAACGGAGCUACCGUAUUUGUCGUAAUUGUUAACUAUUAACGUUAUUGUUUCCCCCAUUCUCUCUUUUCUUUUCUCUGAUUUCCUUUCGCUUUGUACAAUGGUAGGGGAAGCGAGAGAGGCCGAGAACACGCGCACGGCGUGGGAACGGUCGCGAAAAGCCGACGCGAGGGAAGCGAACGAUGAGUCCUAUAUAUUCUUAUGGAAAAUGAAACUAAAUUUGAUAUACGUAUGAUAAUAAUGUUAUUUUUAUUUAACUUAAACUCACACGCGCGCCCGGGGCCGCGAGCGCACCGCGCGCGGAUAGAUACAUGUAUACACUGUUUCGCAUAUUAUUACCACGGAUGCGCGCGUCGUUCGCGCGACGCGACAUCCCGCGUCAUUCUCUCGGCGAUGAUGUACUCGCACGACUCGCGCCGCGAGCGUGCAGACUUAAUAAACGAUUAACUGGGAGUGAGGACUCGUGUGGACAGUUUCUGCGAUUCUAUUACCCGUUCUCGCGUCGCCGAGCUUUCCGUGAAAGCUUUCCGUGAUUCCUUCGAACCGAUCGCGUUCGAGGGGCCAGGCUAUUUUUCCGAACUCGAACAUCCGGCGGACCAGGGAAAUCCAAAGACGCGUACGCUUCAUUCGAAUCCUGUCGGGAGAGGAAUCGCGACUCUGCACACGAAUCCGACGUUAACGUUUCGAACAGCGGUAGAGAACAGAGGCGAGGAGGAUCCCACGCACCCGCACACGCAUACCGAACGCGUGUGUGCACACGCACACGCGGAAACACUAUUUGUGGCCUUAUCCGCACGAGUACACAGGGAAUAACCGGUGUCCUCGCGACGCGACGACCGUUGCGCUCUCGGUACUCGAUAGAGAUUUUAUUAUUAUAUUGUCGACGCGGAACGGAACGAUGGCGCGCGGGAAUAAGAGCAAACCCCACGAUGUGUCGAGAGAGAGAGAGAGGGAGAGAGAGGAAUAGAGAGCGAAAACCGCAAUCGUUCGACGCGAACAAUAAAACUACCGUGAUCACUGAUGACCAAUAAAUUACACGUGCUAUAUUAUGUAUGUUCUUACCGAUCACUCACAUACUAAUCGCCUUAAUUAGUAAACGAUAAAGAGCAGAGAUUAUUCUAUAUUCAGCGUAUCGUAUACACUGUUAUUCUGUAAAAUUGAUAAAUAAAUAAAUGUAAUUAUUUA